ACAUGGCUGCGAAUGAAGUUGCAUUAGCUUUGUGUUAACCUGUUUUUGAAUGUUGUUUUGCUCUUUGUAUUUAGUAUAUGGUCUUAUCCACACAUUUAAAGACAUCACAGUUGAUUUACAUCCUUCGAUCGUGUGGGUUUUAGGAAGUAAUUGUAGCUAAUGCGCAGAAAAUAGAGCACGCAGACAGAUAUGCACAUUUGAAGAUUAUUAUUUAUCUUUUCCCAACAGCAUCCUUUAAGAAACAAUUUUCUUUCUAAGCCUUUCAAAGUCGUCAAGAUGCCCGAUAUCAAGGUGACGCCUUUAGGGGCUGGUCAGGAUGUUGGCCGCAGCUGUAUUUUGGUCUCCAUAGGAGGCAAAAACAUCAUGCUUGAUUGUGGAAUGCACAUGGGUUACAACGAUGAUAGGCGUUUCCCAGAUUUCAGUUACAUUACACAGAACGGGCGUCUCACUGAGUUCUUGGACUGUGUCAUUAUAAGUCAUUUCCAUCUGGAUCACUGUGGUGCUCUUCCCUACAUGAGUGAGAUGGUGGGUUAUGACGGGCCCAUUUAUAUGACCCACCCCACUAAAGCCAUCUGCCCCAUCCUGCUGGAGGACUUCAGAAAGAUCACAGUGGACAAAAAGGGCGAGACCAACUUUUUCACUUCACAAAUGAUUAAAGACUGCAUGAAGAAAGUGGUGCCUUUAAAUCUCCACCAAACAGUUCAGGUAGAUGAAGAGCUUGAGAUCAAAGCAUACUAUGCGGGUCAUGUAUUAGGAGCCGCCAUGGUCCAAAUUAAAGUUGGCUUGGAGUCUGUUGUCUACACAGGAGAUUACAAUAUGACACCAGACAGACAUUUGGGAGCUGCCUGGAUUGACAAAUGCCGGCCAGAUCUUCUGAUAUCAGAGUCCACGUACGCCACCACGAUCAGAGACUCAAAGCGUUGCAGGGAAAGAGAUUUCUUGAAGAAAGUUCAUGAAACAGUAGAACGAGGAGGGAAGGUCUUGAUUCCAGUGUUUGCUCUGGGAAGAGCACAAGAGCUCUGUAUUCUGUUGGAGACAUUCUGGGAGCGAAUGAAUCUGAAAGCCCCCAUCUACUUCUCCACUGGGCUGACGGAGAAAGCCAAUCACUACUACAAGCUCUUCAUCACCUGGACAAAUCAGAAGAUACGCAAAACCUUCGUGCAAAGAAACAUGUUCGAGUUCAAACACAUCAAAGCUUUUGAUCGCUCCUAUGCGGAUAACCCUGGGCCAAUGGUUGUGUUUGCGACACCGGGAAUGUUGCAUGCUGGGCAGUCUUUACAGAUAUUCAAGAAAUGGGCAGGCAAUGAUAAGAACAUGGUUAUCAUGCCAGGAUACUGUGUACAAGGCACUGUUGGACACAAGAUCCUGAAUGGACAGAAGAAACUUGAAAUGGAGGGAAGAGCAACGUUGGAAGUGAAGUUGCAGGUGGAGUACAUGUCUUUCAGUGCUCACGCUGACGCUAAAGGCAUCAUGCAAUUGAUCCGCAUGGCAGAACCGCGGAACAUGCUGCUGGUGCACGGAGAAGCCAAGAAGAUGGAGUUCCUCAAAGACAAGAUCGAACAGGAAUUCAAUGUCAGUUGCUUCAUGCCAGCCAACGGAGAGACAACGACUAUAGUGACGAACCCCAGCGUCCCCGUGGACAUCUCACUCAAUCUACUGAAGAGAGAGAUGGCUCUUGGAGGCCCAUUACCUGACCCUAAAAAACCUCGCACCAUGCAUGGGACGUUAAUAAUGAAGGACAAUAGUCUGCGGCUGGUUUCUCCAGAUCAGGCACUGAAAGAGCUCGGUCUGAGUGAACAUCAGCUGCGCUUCACCUGCCGCGUGCAGCUUCACGACCCUCACAGUGACACCCACACACUCGGACGCAUCUACACACAUCUCAAGAGUGUACUGAAAACCUACAGUGUUCAACAUCUCCCAGACGGCACUGUCAGUGUUGAAUCCAUCGUUAUUAAAGUGACUUCCUCGGCUGAGGAACCAAACCUCAAAGUCAUUUUGCUCUCGUGGAGCUAUCAGGAUGAAGAAUUGGGCAGUUUUUUGUCUACGUUGUUGAAAAAAGGUUUGCCUGCUUGACUGUGCCAAUGUAACUUGCUUCUUUGCAUUUGUUUAGAAAAAACUAAUAAAAACCUUUUUUAGUUAAAUCAAUUCAUCAAGAUGCCUGUAAUGUUUGAAAAUAUAUUUAUUUCUUGGUU